CAAACUGCACUACACAUUAUUUCUACUAGAUAUAUCGAAAAAGAAGAUAUGGCGAAGUUGUUAAUUGACGGUUGUAUUAAUCUGAACUUACAGGACAAGGAUGGAAAUACUGCGUUACAUUAUGCUUGCAGAAGAAGUCACAACCAUAUAGUAGAAUAUUUGUUAUUCAGACAUUGCAAUUCUAAUAUACGGAACUAUGCAGGUGAAAGGCCAAUAGGCGUGGUCAGAGAAAAUGCAGACAUACUUAAGAUAUUUAAGGAAUAUGAAAUGUGGCUUUUACGUGGUCUUCCAAUUGAAUUCGGAAAAAUGGAUACGAAUUCAGCGCAUGUAUUCUCAAGUCUAUUGAAGGAAGAAAGUUAUCCUCACUAUGAGUCAAGACUUAUGUUAGCUGGCGAACAGGGCACUGGGAAGACAACUAUAGCGAGAUAUCUUGUCGGUAAACGACCCACUAAAUUAAGAAUGUCAACUGAUGGAAUAGAAUUAUACAAUGGUCUUUCAUAUAUGGAUCGUGAUUCAAAGGAAUGGCUUGGUGGAAAGCAAGAUUUCUCCCUGGAAGAAAUAAUCGUUAGCAGAUCCCUUUUUAAUGAAGAAAAUCUAAAGAAGAGUGUUAAUUUAUAUGAAACAACAGCAACAACCCAAGAUGUACUAGGUGCAACACAAAAUGUAUCAUUGCCGGCAAGGGGAGGGAUUCUUAGACUAGCAUCAAAUGAAACAUCAAAGUCGGAAACAAUAUCGGAAGAGUCAGAAUUCGAUGAAUCCUGUCUGGAAAGAAGAACCUCUAACAGAUCCCAUUUUCAAGACGACAAAAUAAAGAAGAGUGUUGGGUUAAAUGAGGGAAACCCAACCAGUCAAGGUGUACUAGCCAUGACACAAGAAAUGUCAUUCAACAUGUUCAAGGUCAACGAAUCAAUUGAAAAAAUAAUUUCCGAUACAACACAAUCAGAAAAUGUCACAACUCUGUCUGAUCAUCAAUUUAAAACCAUACCAGUUGAUGUUGGUAAUAUAUAUAAGAAUACCAGCAAACAAUUAACAGGCCGUGUAUUUGAACAGACAACGAAAGAACAGUACAAAGACAUUGACGAUGACGAUUAUAAAACAGACAUACAAUACAAACUUCCUACUUCAGAAAUGCAACAAGGAUCAUUGAAAACUGACAUACAAAGUUCAGACGGCUUUGUGAAAAGGAACAAAGAAGUACUACAAUGUGUUUUACCUGAGAAUGCAAAUACUGAAUCGUCGGAUGCCGGAGACAUAAUUGAAGUUUUACCUGAUAAUGAAAAAGCGAAUGAUGACUCAGAUGGUUCGCGUAUGGAGUCAGGCUUCACCAGUGAGAUGCAUACAGAAUCUGUUAUUAAACCAGGAAUUAUCAGAAAGCUUAAAAACUUUUUUGGAAUUUCCAAAAAAGUCAAGCAAGUCAAAGUAUCAAUCACAAAAGAAACAUUCCUAGAAAAGUCUUUUAUAGCUGGAAUAAAGCAGUUGCACAACAAACAGAUAGCACCAAUAAUCAUCUGGGAUUUCGGAGGACAGGAUGUUUUCUAUUCAACUCAUCAGACAUUUCUAACAUACAGAGCUAUUUACAUGAUUGUAUUGGAUGGAAGUAGAAAACUCGAUGAUCCAUGUCCGUAUGAACAGUAUCUACCGGGAAAGAGUGAACAUAAAACAGCAAGGGAUUAUCUGAUCUUCUGGAUCAACACAAUCGUUACAUACUGCCAGGGAAGUCAUCGGGGAUUUCCUAAAAUUAUGGUGGUUUUAACUCACAAAGAUCAAGUAAAAGAUGAUGAGGUUGAAGAAAGACGAAAUGAAACAUUUGCAGAAAUUAGAAAGAUGUUCAACAAAACGUCAUUAGGACGACAUUUGAUAAUUAAGAAUAAAAUAUUUGUCAACGCUCUUGACGAAAAUGACCCAGAAAUGAGGAAGUUAAAGAAGCUUAUCAUGAGCGAAUCAGAGUGGCAACCGACAUGGGGUGAACUCCUUCCAAAGUGCUUUAUCCCUUUAGAGUUAGAAUUUGCAUCGCUGAUCAGACGCAACAUUCAUUUGAUAACCCUAGAGCAUCUAAGGAAAAUUAACUCCUUACAGCCUAUUAGACCGUUGUCAGAAGAUGAGUUGAAGGUAUUUCUGAAAUUUCAACAUUCAAUUGGAAAGUUGCUGUACUUCGAUGAACUUAAAUUGGACGACCGUAUUAUUUUGUCUCCAACCCUCCUCAUCGAUGCCUUUAAAUCAAUUGUUACAGAAAAGCGCUUUUGUAAAGGAGACAGAAAAAGAGAAGAAAUAUGGGACGCAAUGGGAAAGAAAGGGGUGGUAUCAAAACAAGCAAUACAAAAAGUUUGGAAGAGAAAGAAAUAUGCGAAAUUCUACAAAGACAAAGAAUACUUAUUAGAUGUCAUGAACCAUCUAGAUAUAUUGGUCGAACCAAAGAGAUACGAUUCUAAGCGAAUGCGUGUACUUGCCGACUUCUACUAUGUUGCAAGUAUGGUACGAGCUAAUGAUGAUACCGGAUACCUUUAUUCAUCUGGCAUCACACAACGAAAUAUUGCCAUAGCCUUUAUAUCGACAUCAAUGAUGAUACCUCCAGCAUUAUCUUUCAGAUUUAUAAGUUACUGCUUAUCUGUCUGGGCGGUUAAGACAUAUGGAGAAGCCAACACGGACAUGCUGUUCCACAGAUCAGGAGUGUUCACAAUUGAUCCUUCCUUGGAUAUGUAUAUUCUUUGCGAAGAUGACAAGAUAAUCGUCCGUCUUGUUCAUGCCAGAACAAACGCACUCAUAAUGAGGGAUCUUGCUUCCAGCAUCAAUGAAUGUUUAACAUCUGCCUUGGAGAAAAUAAGUCAGCUGUAUAUUAGAACCAGCAGCGAUCAGAGUCACAACAGUGAUGCUUCCUUUGUGACCAGGAUAUGUUGUAACUCACCAGAUAAGCCAUGCAUCUUACCAUUCGAAAGUCUUCCAAAUGUAGGCAAAACAUGGAAAUGUCCUACUCAUGGCAUUGAACACAACAUACACACGAUCAAGUCGUGGAUACCUCGAAAACAGGAGGAAUACGGAUGUGAAUCGGGGUGCCCAGUUACAAAUGAAGAGUUUUUGAAAGAGUUACCAUCAGAUCUACAUCUACGUCGGUUGUCAUUAAUGUACAGCAGUAAUGAAGUCAGAGAACUGGCAAUACAUUUAGGAUUGUCAGCUACAUACGUAGAUAACACAGUAAAUACAGGGGAUCCAACGGUGUGGAAUUGUGAAGUUAUUCGACAAUGCCGGGAUAGCCAUGCGGUGACAUUUAAAAAAAUCAAAAAUGCAAUAGUAGCCGCUGAAAAGGGAAACAUCCAUAAACUUUGCACGCUUGUGAAAGGUGAUUUUAUUGAUUUUGACAGGGAGCCAGAGAAGUGGGAUGUAGUACCUACAGAGGAACACAUUGACAGAUUGGUUCCAUUGGUUGGAAACAAAUCUCUCCCAUUCCUGAUCGAACUUGGCAUGGAUUUCCAUACUUGGGAGCGGAUAAGCCACAAGCAAAAUGAACGGGAUUUGGUACGACUGAACAAAGAUAUUUUAGAAGAAUGGAGCAAUAAGUUUUGUCGGAUGCACAGUCUAAAACCAACCUUGAGGACGAUUGCUCAGUCAUUUAGUAACAUAGGCAAAAAUGUUAAAAUUGUGGAAAAUGCCUUACUGGAUUUGUUUUAAGUCUUUUGAUUCCAUCAUCAUUACACCUCUAUUUUAUCUCACGAGGUUGAAUAUUGAAUUAUUUUAUAUCUAAGUGAUUGCAAUUACAACUUUUCAGUUGAAGACACAAAUGACGAUAUUCUAUGUUCAUAGCUUGUAAUUGACAUAUCUACUGAAAUCUUCAAAUGAUGAAUAUAUCUUAUGUGUACAGUACCGCUUAUAUUGUAGAAUUAAUUUCAGUUGCUUAUUGUACGCAGACAUCUCUGUCAGACAAUAGUCCUAUUUUAUUUUAUUACAGUUUGGUUUUAUUUUUAUGAGACGAGCUCAUAAUAAUCCAAUUAAUGUCAACAUAUUUCUGUAAUUUCCUAUAUUUAAGGAUCUGGAGCUAAUACAUUGGUAAGAUAUGCUUUGUUCUGUGAUUGAUAAUGUUUAAAAGUAUAAUUUUGUAUUUAAUUUAACACUUAAACGAUCCUCAGAAAAAACGUCCACGUUUACUUGACCUCCUUUGAGACUAAUCAAACUUGGAAAUGCUUCUAUAUUUUAAAGUUAUUUCAAAUAAAAAAAACAUCAUAAAUCAAAUUUAUUUGAGCCACAUAUUUCUCUUUGAUCAUUUGAUUGUUAAUUUGUUUUAAUGGUCAUUAACGUGAUUAAACUUAUAACUUUGCUAUAAUGACAAAGGUAAUACUUCUGUUUUAAAAUCUAUUCGGAAUCAAAUUAAUUAAGAUGUUAAUAUCGGACUAUUCAUUAACGUUGUUUUUAUACCAAGUUGUUGUUUUAUUUUCAAUAACUAAAGUAAGUUCUCCCUUUAUCAUUUAUUUUAAAAUCAGUUUGUUCUUGUGUUUAUAAUUAUUCUUACAAAAAUUAACGAAACUAACAAAUAAAUUUGCCUUCUAGCCAAUGCCGUUUUUUUUAGAUAUAUAGGUUUGAUUUUACCUGCCUCAGGUCAAACCAAAACUUUUUAUAUUUCCAUUUUCCACCAACUCAGCAGCACACUUUAGAAUAAAGAUACAAUUUUAACCAGUAUUCUAUUAAAUGUUAUUGAAGCUAUAAAGAUGGUAGGAUGUUUUCUAACUGAAGGUAAAUUGAAGAAAAAAAAAUACAAUGAUCGGUGACAGACAGCCGCAGACAAUUUUUUCCUCAAAACGAAUACAUGCAGUAAAAUUCUUUCGUAAUUUGUUUUACCUAAUACAUGUUUGACACAGUAUUCAAAAAGCAUUGCACAAUCAAUUGUACAAAAUGGAGAUUCCAGUGCUUGUUAUAAAUUAACAUUUUUGUUUGAUGCAAUAUACAACAUUUCUGGUUAGGCGCAAAAUAACUUCUCAGUGAUAAUGCAGCUAUGACAUCCCACCGUUUACCUUUGUGAUACAUAUAUAUGGGUAACAGUAUAUGUCACGUGCUAACUUACAAAGAAUCAAUGUAUUACGUUAACACUGCUUUCAAAUUGAUAGAACUGAUAUGUGUAAAUUCGGAUGCAUCAUCAUGUUUCACUACAAAAGUCAAAAAGUCUGAAAAGAGCAAUUUUUGUCUGAAUUUGCAUGAAUUUUAACUCGACAUUCUUUCUUUGUCUGAAUUAUUUAAAAAAAAAUGCUGAACAAAGUAUGAAUUUGUCUAAUAUUGUUCUUGAUUUUUUACUGACAAAUGUCUUGACAGUAUUACCAUUGUCUAAAAUUUUCUCGACACUUUCUGUAUCAUUUGAUAAGAGUCUUGUUUAGUCUCGACCAAUUCUUGACUGUCCUAAAUUUGUCUCGAUCAGUCUUGACAUAUUCUUGACAUUCUUAAUAAUGUCUGAAUAUGUCUUGACAUAUUCUUGACAUUCUUAAUAAUGUCUGAAUAUGUCUUGACAUAUUCUUGACAUUUUCAAUAAUGUCUGAAUAUGUCUUGACAUAUUUUUGACAAUCCUUAUAGUGUCUGAAUAUGUCUUGACACAUUCUUGACAGUCUUAAAAUUGUCUAUAUAUAUCUCGACAUAUUCUUGAUGUCUUAAAGAUGUCUUGACUCUAUCUCAACAGUAUAAAUUUUGCCUGAAUUGUGUAUAGACAACAUUCCGCUCUGUUUAAACACUUUCUUUUGCUGUUAUAUACUCGUCUAUAUUAUCGCUAAACUAAUCUUAGAAGAAUUAUGAGACAAUAAUACUUUGUUAAUUAUAAAAAGCCGAAUUUUGGUACAAUAAUUGUUUAUUUGCCAUUUUAACUUAUAAAAUUAUGCAUGUAGAAUGAAAUAUGUCUACAAUAUGAUUGGUUUCAAUCAUUUAGCAAUUAUUUAUAAGAUUUAUGACUCAACAUUUGUAAUUAUUGACAAACUCACCUUUAAAUUGGUUUGUAUCAACAUACCCACAUUUGUGUUUGUUAAUACUUUAAAUUUCAUACCUAUAUUUGUAUUUAUAAAUAUAUACAUAUAUAUCCACAUUUUUAAUUAUACAAAUAUUUACAUGCCCAACUUUUGCUUUUGUAGUGAUAAGUGAACUUGAAACAACAGUAUACACGUAUUAUACAAAGAGAAAUAAAGAUAAAGUUAUAUCAUGUAUAUUGGUCAUGAUUUGUAAUAGUCAGAACUGUCAAGUAAAAUUAAGACACAAUACAAAAUUUUCAGAUUAUGUCAAGCCAUGCUGAGAAAAAAAUAAGAAUGUCGAGAAUCUGUCGCGAAAUAUUAAGACAGUAUCCAAAUGUCAAGAAUUUGUUAAGAAAUUUUGAGACCAUAUUCAGAAUGUCGAGAAUUUGUCGAGUAAAUUUCAUACAAAUUUAAUAUAAAUCAGAUUUUGUCAAGAAAAAAUAAGACACAAGUUAUACUAUUGGAGAAUGUCGAGUAAUUGUUCAUGCAAAUUAAGACAAAAAUUGGUCUUUGCAAACUUUUGUAGUGUUUAUUAUCAACAUCUGUAUUCUUACUGAAAUGUUUUUAAACACUAAUAUGUCUAUUUUUACUAUGUUAAUGCAUUUGUUGUUUGAUAUCAUAAUUGUUGUUUCAACGUAUGAUUAUUCAAUUAGUCAUUUUUUUUACUCUAUAAGCUGUGCAAUAUUACAAGGAUUUUGUUUCGGUCCUUUGAGCAAUAUUAUGAAAUUAUGAAAUGCUAGAGAAAUCAAUUAAAUUAUAUAUAUAUAUAUAAAUAUAUAUAUGCUGUAUGAUUUUAAGAACACCCAUUUUGUCAUAAACACUAGCUGUUGUUUUUAGCACUCUAUAAUUAUAAAUUGAUGUGUCUUUAAAGGACACUAGCUACGAAAUACAUAAAAAAAAAAGAAUUAUGAUUUUUUUUCAACCAUAAACAAAAGUGAAAUAGUGAAAUAAUAAUUCGCUAUAAGCAGCUAUUAUGGUUAAAUUUUGUCAAAAUUAUCUAAGAAACAUCGAUGAUGAAUUAUUUACUUGCAAGUGAAUAAUUCGACUUUAUUAAAUCCGUAUUAAUGUAAACUUCAAUUUAGCCCCUUAGCUAGAUAUGGAUUAUGCAUGAUUGAUGCGUGGUAUGCUAUAAAAAGAAAAGAAUGUCAACAUUGAGAGUAGAACAAAGGUAAAUAAUUUGAUUGACUGAUUCGGUCCACAAAAAAUUAUUUUUAUACAGGUACAUUCGAAAAUUAACUUAUUUUUUAACCUUAAUAUUAUAAUCAAACAGACAUAGAAAAAUUCAUUUGCAUGAGGUCCAUAUAUCUAUUUAUAUUUAUGUCUAUGUCUAUAUCGUGUUAUGUGACCGUCGGUUGUUUUCGGGGUCAUCUCGAUGAUUAAUUAGACGGCGUCUAGACUAAAAUACACACGAAUCGAAGCUACAUAUUAUCAAUCCAUGUCGUGUAAAUUGUUUAUUUUAGACUUUUUCUAAUUUGGAUAAAUGUUUUACAUUGUUAUAAAUCUAAUAUGAGAAUUUGAGUCAAAUCGGUGAACAUGAAAUUGACAGCUAGUGUCCCUUUAAUGGUUAAUUUUGUGUUUCGAAAACAUCCAAUUCUUACAUGUUUAAAAAAAGCAUAACACAAAUAUGACUAAUGUAUUAUAAUUGGCUAUCGUUUCCUUUGGAUUAAACAUAACAAUAAAAAGGUAAUCAUUUUUAAAUUCCACAAAUAAGCCCUUAAGGAGUAACUAAAACAUUGACUUACAUAAAUUGAGCUCAAUUUAUUUUCAUAAAAUAUAGAAAAAAUGUUUACUUAGACAUUUUGAAAAAAUAUAAACAUUUCAAGAUAUUCAAACUAAAAAAAAAUAAAUACGUUGGAAAUAUAACAGUGUCAAAUACUUAUUUUGAUCUUUGAGUAGUCCGAUUUUUUUAUUAAUAUUAUGUUAUUACAACUUUCAGCUGAUUUUCAAAGAGUAAACUCUCGUAGGUGUUCUUCAGACCUUAAUUGGCGGAAUAAAAUUGGAUAUUAUUAAACAUAACACAUUGAAGUUUGUUUAUUUUUUACUUGUAAAAUAUAGACUCUCUUGUUAUCCUGUUGAUAUUCCAUUUUGAGUAAUGCUCUUGUUAUCUUGUUGAUAUUCCAUUUUGAGUAAUGCUAAUAAUACCUUUUAUGUUACAGUUAAAUUUGGGUUGUUUUACGCUGUCUGCUUUUUAUCUAUGUCUAUUUUUUUUCUAAAUCGUAGACAUCGAAUCGAAUUUAAAAAAAAAUAAUAACAUGCAAGGGGUUAAUUGCACAUUAAUAACAAUACAAAUGCAUUGCCUGGUACGAUGUUUACUCGUGUUCCUCGCUUUAAAUCUGUUCCUAAAGGUUGUACAAAAACAUCAUAUUUUCCGACAAUGUAAACAUAUUGCAUACGUUUACUUUUACUUAACAAAUUGUAUAGUUUUCAAUGAAUCAUAAACAUGGUAGUUCAGACAAGACAAGAACCAUAACAAUACUCUCAAUAACAAUUAUAUAUAAUGCGUGUUGUUUAUCUGUUUUCAUAUUAUUUAGCGGUCCGUAUUGUUAUGCUUGAUACCUAAUAAUAGAAUAAAAUAUAUACUUGCAUUCAA